AAAAUAAUCAGGCACCUAAAUAAUUAGAAACAGAAUUUAAAGAAACUAAAAAUCUAACAGAUGUUGUAUCAAUCAAAGAAAAAUACGCAGAAACUGAAGAAAACUUAACUCCAAACUUAUCAAUUAAAGAUAAAAAUAUACAGAUUGAACAGAUAUUGCAUACGGAAUUGACAAUAAAGGAAGAAAUCCCUGAAGAAACUGUUUUAGUUGAAUCAAUAAUCCAAGAACACAUUGAAACUGAAGAAAAACCAACCCCACAGUUAUCAAUUAAAGAUGAAAAUAUAAGAAAUAGACAGAUAUUACAUUCAAAAUGGAUAAUAAAGGAAAAAAUCACUGAAGAAACUGUUUUAGACGAAUCAAUCAAAGAAGAAUACGCAAAAACUGAAGAAAAACUAACCUCAAAUUUAUCAAUUAAAAAUGAAAAUAUAAAAAAUGAACAGUUAUUCCACACGGAAUUGAUAAUAAAGUAAGAAAUCACCGGAGAAUACGCAGAAAUUGAACAAAAACUAACCCCAAACUUAUCAAUUAAAGAUGAAAAUAUAAAAAAUGAACGGUUAUUACACACGGAAUUGAUAAUAAAGGAAGAAAUCCCUGAAGAAACAGUUUUAGUUGAAAAAAUACGAAUUGGUUUUGGGAAAAAACCAUAUUCAUGUGAUAUCUGUGACAAAACAUUCGUUUUUCAAAACAGUUUAAUCGAACAUCAAAAGAUUCAUAAUUCGGGCUCGUUCACAUGUGAUAUUUGUGAUAGAAAAUUUACGCUUAAAAGCAAAAUGAUUCUACAUCAUAAAAGAACUCACACAGGAGAAAAACCACUCUUUUGUGAGACUUGUGGUAAAAAAUUUACACAGAAAAGUCAAUUGAACGAACAUAGAAAACUUCAUAUCGGUGACAAACUUCAUGCUUGUGAUAUUUGUGAUAAAAAGUGUACACAGUUAAGCAGUUUAAUUUUACAUAAAAAAACUCAUUUGAAAGAAAGACGUUUUGCUUGUGAAGUUUGUGGCCAAAAAUUUGCUUUAAAACACGUUUUAAAUCAACAUAAAUUAAUUCACACGGGUAAAAAAAUAUUUGCUUGUGAUAUGUGUGAUCGAAAAUUCGGACGGCUAGCCAGUUUAAUUUUACACAAAAAAACUCAUUCGAAAAUAAGUUUUGCUUGUGAAGUUUGUGAUAAAAGUUUUACUUUAAAAAACAAUUUAAUUAAACAUAAAUUAAUUCACACGAGAGAGAAAUAUUUCGUUUAUGACAUGUGUGAUAGAAAAUUUAAUCAAAAAAUACAUUUAACUAAGCAUAAGAAAAUUAACACUGGAGCAAAACGAUUUUCUUGUGAUAAUUGCGAUAAAAAAUUUAUAUAUAAACAUAAUUUGGCUAAACAUAAAAUCAUUCAUGUUGCUUACGCUUGUGAUAUGUGUGAUAAAAAAUUUAAUAAGAAAAGAACUUUAGAUGAACAUAAAAAAAUUCAUGUUGGAGAAAAACGAUUUUCUUGUGAUGAUUGUGGUAUAAAAUUUAUACAUAGAUUUAAUUUGAUUAAACAUAAAAGAACACAUAGUGAAGAAAAACUACAUUCUUGUGAUAUUUGCGAUAAACAAUUUUCUCAGCAUGGCGGUUUGAUAUCACAUAAAGAAACGUAA